GUGACGUCGGAACCCGACCUGGGAGUGCACGUGGAGCGCGGAGCCGCUUGCCAAGGGGGUGUCUCGGGGCCGCAGCCGCUUUCUGUGCCAUGGGGCGCAAGUUGGACCCCACCAAAAAGGAGAAGCGCGGACCUGGCCGAAAGGCACGGAAACAGAAGGGUGCUGAGACUGAACUCGCCAGGUUCUUGCCUGCCGCUGGUGAUGGAAGUGCCAAGAGACUGUCCAGCCGUGCUCGAAAGAGGGCAGCCAAGAGGAGGUUGGUUUCUGCUGAAGGCCCUGAGAUGAAUAAGUCUUCUGGGGCCAAACCAUGGCUUGGAAAGCUACCAACAGGAGCUGCCCAGACCCCUGGGAAGAAGGCUGCCCCAGCUUUACUUCAUGCUGCUCGAGGCAAGAAGCGCCCGGCCCCAGCCCACAGCAGUGAGGAGGAAGAGCAGGAGGACUCCGAAGAGGAUGGUCUGCUGAACCAGGGGGAGCUCUGGGACUCUGAGGACAGUGAUGCUGACAUGAUAGAUGAUUAUGGAGCUGAUCCCAACGCAGAGGACCAAGAUGAGGAUGAAGGGGAAGAGCUGCUGCCCAUCGAAAAGGCUGCUCGGAAGCAGAAGGCCCAGGAAGCCGCUGCGGGGGUCCAGUGGAGUGAGGAGGAGACUGAAGAGGAGGAUGAAGAGGAGGAUGAGACUCCAAAGCCAGGCGCUCAAAAGGAUGAGGAGGACGAUGGGGGUCUGCAGCUCAAUGUGGAGGAGGAGUCUUUUGUGCUGCCCCCUGCUGGGGAGGUGGAGUGUGAUGCCCAGGGUCUAGACUUGCAGCGAGUGCACAAGCGCAUCCAGGACAUAGUGGGAGUGCUGCGUGAUUUUGGGGCUCAGCGCGAGGAAGGUCGGUCUCGUGCUGAGUAUCUGAAGCGACUUCAGAAGGAUCUGGCUACUUAUUAUUCCUAUGGAGAUUUCCUGCUUGGCAAGCUUAUGGACCUCUUCCCUUUGUCUGAGCUGGUGGAGUUCCUAGAAGCUAAUGAGGUGCCUCGACCCAUUACUCUCAGGACCAAUACCUUGAAGACCCGGCGUCGAGACCUUGCUCAGGCGCUGAUCAAUCGUGGGGUUAACCUGGAUCCCUUGGGAAAGUGGUCAAAGACUGGACUGGUGGUAUAUGAUUCUUCGGUGCCCAUUGGUGCUACUCCCGAGUACCUGGCUGGACACUACAUGCUGCAGGGCGCCUCUAGCAUGCUGCCUGUCAUGGCCUUGGCACCCCAGGAACAUGAGCGCAUCCUGGACAUGUGCUGUGCCCCUGGAGGCAAGACCAGCUACAUAGCCCAGCUGAUGAAGAACACGGGUGUGAUCCUUGCCAACGAUGCCAAUGCCGAGCGCCUCAAGAGCGUCGUGGGCAACCUGCACCGUUUGGGCGUCACCAACACCAUCAUCAGCCACUAUGAUGGGCGUCAGUUCCCCAAGGUGGUGGGGGGCUUUGACCGAGUCCUGCUGGACGCGCCCUGCAGUGGCACUGGGGUCAUCUCCAAGGACCCAGCUGUGAAGACCAACAAGGAUGAGAAGGACGUCCUGCGCUGUGCCCACCUUCAGAAGGAGCUGCUGCUGAGCGCUAUUGACUCCGUCAACGCGGCCUCCAAGACGGGAGGGUACCUCGUCUACUGCACCUGCUCAGUCAUGGUAGAAGAGAAUGAGUGGGUGGUAGACUACGCCCUGAAAAAGAGGAACGUGCGUCUGGUGUCCACAGGGCUAGACUUCGGCCAGGAGGGGUUUACUCGCUUUCGAGAGAGGCGCUUCCACCCCACACUGCGUUCCACCCGCCGCUUCUACCCUCACACCCACAACAUGGAUGGUUUCUUCAUUGCCAAGUUCAAGAAAUUCUCUAAUUCUAUCCCCCAGGCCCAAACAGGAGAUUCUGCAGCAUCCACUCCUUCCAACCCAGCGUCUGGCCUGAAAGGUCAGGCAGCCCCCAGGCCCCAGAGCAGCGGCCCGCCCGCCAAGAAGGCCAGGGUGGCUGUGAAGACAAAGCAGCAGGCGAAGAAGCAGUCACAUCCCUCGAAGGUGUCCUUGCAGAAGCACAAUGGCGUCUCCACAGGGACAGACUCUGAGCUGUCCUCUGUGCCUCCUGUCACAAAGGUCCAAACGUCCUCCAAGCACCAGGACAGCCCUCGGCCAGCUGAGAGAGCUAAAGUGACCGGCCAGCCAAAGGUGACUGGGAAACGGAAGCAGCAGCCACCAGCACUGCAGUCCUCCGGCACAGUGGCUUCCUUGGGGCAGAAGGCGCCUUCCAGGGGCGCAGACGCGGAAGCACCUGCUGGGCUGUCCCGCUCCAAGACUCGGGUCACGCCGAAACCUGAGCGCCAUGCUCAGCCCCUUGGCAGGACCCAGGGGUCUCGCAAGGCCAAUCAGCCUUUCAAGCAGGCUGCCUUUCAGAGACAGAAUGGCACCCCCAAGGGACCUAAGGCUCCUACCACGUCCCCCAACAGUUCCAAACGACCCCCAGCAGCAAAGAGGAGAAAAUCUCAGCCCAGAGGCAACAGCCAGCCGCCGCUGUCCUGAUGGAUAACAGACCGAGCUGCUGGGUGCUGGGCCCUGCUCGGGACUCUUAGGGUGCCGACUCACGGCGUAAACGUGAAAUUUAAUACACAUUUUUACAA